CACGAGCUGCGAGGAAGUUUUCACCACUACCAAUCGUCUCCCAGUCCCAGCCGCAACCACUUCGCCGGCGAUGGGAUCCGCGGCGGCCGACGGCGAGAAGCCCUCGGGCCACCUCGCCCAGCCCCUCCUCGGCCAGCCUCAGCCCCAGCCCCAGCACCUGUACUACGCCUAUCCCGCCGCCGCCUACGGCUACGCCCCGGGGCCUCCUCCGCCUCCGCCUCCCCCGUCGCUCGUCCUCCUCAACCCGCCCCCCAUCUUCGUCCGCCUCCGCCGCCUCCGCCCGCGGCGCAUCCCCUGCAUCCGGCGCUUCUCCGCCCGCACGCUCCCGCUCCUCCUCGCCCUCGCGCUCCUCGCCGGCCUCGCUUUCCUCCUCUACCCGUCCGCCCCCGCCGCCCGCGUCGCCGACAUCCGCCUCGACAGCUUCCGCGUCAACCCGCCGCCCUUCCCCGCGCUGGAUUUCAACCUCGCGCUCAGCCUCCGCGUCCGCAAUCCCGGGUUCCUCCUCCCUCUCCGCUAUCGCGCCGUCUCUGCCGCCGUCUCGUACCGCGGCCGUCUGCUCGGCUCCGGCACCGCGCGCCCCGGAUCCGGCGAGCUCGACGCGAGAGGGGUUACGUAUGCCUCUUCUGAGGUGUGGGUGGACGCCGGCAGGGUGCUGGACGACGUGAUCGAGCUUAUCGGGGACAUCGCCGCUGGGUCUGUGCCGCUGGAGAUAGUGACCGAGGUGGUCGGCGCGGUCAGGCUGUUCCAUUUCAACAUCCCCGUUAAGGGCCUGAUGUCCUGCUCGGUGAAUGUCAGCCCAGGCACCCAGAGUAUCAUAAGUCAGGAUUGUUACUAAUAAGAUGGAGCUCUGGCUCUGUUGUUGUUGUUGUUGAGCUUUGGCGCUCUUGAUGGAGUAUGAUGGAACAAUUUGUGUGUAACAGCUAUGAUUGAGUUGCAGAGCUGGGUCUGUAUAAUGGGCAGAAUACAUAUUUGUAAAUAGUUUGGAAUGUUUAUUAUUGGACCACCAAAGACCACCGGGUGUAUAUAUUUAACUGCUUCAUGGAAACAUAACUUGUUAUUCCAGCGUGCUGUGAAAAUUGCCCUUGUCGGCGCAGCUA